AUGCUUAAUGUCACUUUGUUUUUGUUACUGGUGUUCUGUGUUCAAUCCAUCAGACCGAUGGCACAGCCAAAUGUUACUUUGAUUGCAGAUUUGGAUGUACUUAAAGAUGAUUCGACUAUCAAAGUCAAAGUGAUAAACCUAUGGAACCUUUUUUCAUUCUAUAACAAUGACGAACUUUUCUCCAUUGAGUUAAUCUUAAUAGAUGAGCAGGGUACUAAGAUCCAAGCAAAUGUAACAAGAAAAAACAUCUAUCAUUUCAAAAACAUUCUAAAAGAUGGAUUGACAUUUUACAUAAAAUGUCCAAGCUUUGCAUCUCAAAGGAUGGGUGGUUUUACUUUAACUCGGCAAGAUCAUAAGCUUAGUUUUGUCCAUGAAACUGUUGUUACGGAGUGUCAUGAUUUUUCUGGACCUACAUUUGGUUUUGAGUUUGUUGAUUACCAAUCUAUUAUCUCAUUAGUCCAUCCUGAAAACAUUGCUAUCGAUGUUAUUGGAUUAGUGGUUGCAUUUGAUGCAAACGGUUUGCAAUUAAGUAUCAAUUUGUGGGGUGAUUUUGCUUACAAGAUGCAACACUUUCUUGAUAACAAUCCACACAAUCUUCGUAUCAUUGUUAUCCUUCAAUUUGCAAAACUUAGUAUUUGGAGAGAUCGUCCAACAGUUAACACCUACUUUUCCGUGUCAAAGCUGUUCAUUAACACAGACAUUGAUGAAAUCAAUGUUUUUAAGAAAAGUUUGGAUGGAGAUGAUCGCCCUGAUUCAUCCACAAAUACAUUGACAUGUAUAAAGUCUAAUAAAGUUUCCGAACAUGAUGAUUUCAUGGUUAACUUUCAGUUGAAGACAAUUUCUGAGAUUUCUGAACCCUUGGAGAAAAAUACAUUCAUUAUCGUGGGUACUAUAAAGGGAAUUUUACAAAAUGAAAAUUGGCAUUAUCUAGCAUGUACAAGUUGCAACUACAAAGCAUUUCGUCCUCCUGGUGCAAACGAUCAACCUAAUGCUGAUGGGGUUUUUAUUGGUUAUGAAUGUCAUAAUAAGGACUGCACAAAAACUGAAACUUCAGUUAUUCCCAGAUUAUUAAUUUCCUACUUAAUCAAUAAUACUAGUACCGUUACCUUAACCAUGUUUGAAAGGGAUGGAAAGUAUCUUUUGAAGAAAUCAGCCAAGGAUCUGUUUAAUAAAACAUUACAGCUUGGUUUUAGUACUACUUUCUAUCCUGGAGAGAUAAAUGCACUUAAAGGUUUGAAAUUGGCGUUUAAAAUAACAAUCAAACACUUCAACGUCUCAAAAAGGAACAACCAAUAUAGUAUAUGUAGAGUCAGCGAUGAUGAAAAGUUGAUUGAAGAACUUGAAAAUAAGUUUACCGUUUCACAGAUUGGUACUUCACAAUCCUUUGAUAUUGCCGAAGCAGAUUUUGAAUCACAGGAGAAUCGGAUUUUGAAGGAUGCAAUUUCUAGGACAGACGACAACAUAACACCUGAAACUGUUGAUAAAAACUCAGCAACAAGUCCCAUGAAGAGUUUGAAUACACCAACAAUUUUGAAGAGAAAUUUGGAAGAAGUCUUUGAUUUGGAGAUGAAUGAAAAGUUAUCAUCAACGAAAACUCCAAAAAUUUCAUUGGAAGGAGGCAAUAAUCAGAUUGUGAAGGUUAAGUUGGAAAAAAGUGGUUGAGUUUUUAUUUUAAUGCGAAGUUUCAUAAGGUAGUGAUGAUUUUAAAACAGUGAUUUUGCAUUUUAUCUAGUGA